AUGGAAAGCAAUUUGGGAAGAUCUCCGCGGGGCAACGAUACCAGCGAAAUGAAUCUGGACGGAUCACUCAGGAAGAAUUCUGUUUUCUUUCCAGCAGUGAGCUCCAUACGGCCGAUAGACAGCACGAAAUGCGUGGUGGUCCAAGAUGUCAAGGCUGUCACUCACGAGAACGCGCACGUUCACGACCCGAUAUCAACGCAAAUACCCACCGAAGAGUCCCUGCCCACGAGCACGGCAGAACACUCGAGCGCGUCGGACAGCGCCGGGGAUCAGCAGAGCGAUCCGCAGAUCCAGCAGUCCGCGCAACAAUGGCCGGCGGUGCUCGAGCUGCAGGCGUACAACGUGGCCCACUCGGCCGUCAUACCGCCUUAUAACUUCUGGAACACGGAGUUCCGUAACAAGCAGCCUGCGUUCAUCCGGCUGAACCUGACUCUGCCCUGGGGCGUGAAUUUCGCGGUCUACGGGCGACGCAACGUCGCGCCGAGCGUCACGCAGUACGACUUCGUCGAGUUCGUGAAAGGGGGUCGCGUGGACCACAGGCUGAAGCGAGACGCCGCCUCCGAGGCGGUUAGCUUCAUGAGCACGGCGGCGCAGGAGGUUCGAGCGAAGAAUCGCGAGAUCCGCUCGGCGCCCGCCUAUCAGCACGUCCUGAUCAAGAGGACCAUCGUCGAGCCGAUGAUGGUGAACGUCAGCCUGCUGCAGUAUCUGAACACCGGCCGUUGGUUCCUCUCCGUCUACAACGACGAGCUGCAGCCGUACAAAGUUACCCUGGUCGUCACCGAAGCCGAAGGCGUCUCGACUACCUGCCCGAACGACUGCUCCGGCCUGGGAUCGUGUUAUCUUGGCAAGUGCGACUGCAUCGAUGGGUAUCAGGGAGCCGAUUGCAGCAAGAGCGUGUGCCCGGUUCUAUGCUCCUCCCACGGGCAAUACGGCGGCGGCAUGUGUCACUGCGAGGACGGCUGGAAAGGUGCCGAAUGCGACAUACCAUUAGGCGACUGCCAAGUUCCUGAUUGCAAUCAACACGGACAAUGCGUCAGGGGAUCGUGCGUGUGUAAUCCUGGCUGGAAGGGCAACUUCUGUGACGAACCGGACUGUCCCGACCCGAAUUGCAGCGGGCACGGCGCCUGCGUUUCCGGGAAAUGUUACUGCAAAGCAGGCUGGCAAGGCGACAAGUGCGAUCAGGUCGACCAGCAGGUGUACCAGUGCCUGCCCCGUUGCUCGGACCACGGCACGUACGACCUGGAAUCGGCGACCUGUAUGUGCGAGGGACAUUGGACAGGGGUGGACUGCUCGCAACCCAGUUGCGGCCUCGAUUGCGGACCUCACGGAACCUGCGAGCAGGGUGUCUGCAA